AUGUGCAGACGUGAGACCAUCUCUGCCGCCAGAAAAAGACUUUCUGUUCCCUUAGGAAAAGACUUUAAACAGUGCAGCACCUGUUGUGAAUUAACCGUUAAGCUUGAAGCCUCUUUGGGUAGACAUUCCUUUCUGUUUGAGGGAGCGUUUGGAUGUUUCUCCCUUAGGGAACCUAUGGUUUCUUCCGUAACCGGUGCAACUGUAUCUGUUGAAGACAAUAACUGUAGCGCGUUUCGAAUGUUUCCUUUUUCAAUCUUGGAUCUAACGGAUGAAAUCAGUGUGCAUCCAUCCGGGCGCCUACCAUCAUGCGCAGAAAUGCCGGAUGGUUCCUUGAGAACCGGGAUUGUAGCCUUGGAGAAGAGAUGUAUGGAUCGCUAUCUAACAAAAACUGAACUUAACAACAUAAUUGAAAUAACAAACGAAAAAUCAUAA